AUGGCCGGUUUCAACGAUGUGCCGUUCAUUCAGAACCUCGCCGUGCCCGCCGUCUGCCUGCUCAUUGCCUUUCUAAGCUACUUCUCGCAGGUCCUCUUCAACUACUCGACCCUCGACCCAGGUCCGCUGUCCCGCACCGAGAGCUGGACAUUCAACGUCUUGCUGGUGUGCCUCUGGAUCUCGUACUUCCGCGCCGUUACAGUUAACCCCGGCCGCUACAUCUUCCCCGACCAGGUAAUCGAGGCAGACGGCCGAUGGUGCAAAAAGUGUCAGGAGCCGAAGCCCCCCCGGGCGCACCACUGCCGUCACUGCCAGCGAUGCAUCCCCAAGAUGGACCACCACUGCCCUUGGACCAAGAACUGCGUCUCCAUGACGACGUUCCCGCACUUCCUACGGUUUCUCUUCUACGCAAACGUGUCGCUGUGGACGCUGAGCUACUUCUUGUGGCAGCGAUUCUACGCCCUGUGGGAGACUCGCAGAAUGCCCGCUCACCUGGGCCCGACGCUGCCUGGGCUCAUGUCCCUUGUCAUGACGGGCUUCGUCUGCAGCAUCACGUCCUUCGCGCUCGGCAUUAUGCUCAUAACUACACUGAAAGGCUGGGUAGAAAACCAGACUACAAUUGAGGCAUGGGAGGUCGACCGCCACGAGGCUCAUAUCGGACGUGGAAGGCAGGACUGGUGGGACAUAAUGGGCCCAGAUGGCGAGCCUCUCCAGUUUGAAAAGGUGGAAUUUCCGUACGACAUUGGCUUCUUCGCCAACAUGGCCCAGGCAAUGGGCACGUCCAACUUCCUCUUGUGGUUCUUCCCCUUAGCGGGCAACCCCAAGAUCAGCAAGACCGGGUCCGGCACCGGAUGGACGUGGGAAGAAAAUGGUUUCAAUCGCAAAGAAGGCAUGUGGCCCCCUCUGGAUCCCGAUAAGUUCCGCCGCGCAGUUGGAGGUUUUGGCACGUCACGGCGAAACUACGAGGACGAGCUCGAGCUCGAGGACGACGGGCUGUCCGUUGGAGAGCACAUCGAAGCUUUCAAGAGGCGCCAGGAUGAGGACCUGAGGAGACGGAAGACAAGACAAGAUGCGCUCAUGUCGGAGCUGGAAGAGGUGGAUGAAUAUGGCUCACGCAGGGCCGCCUAUAAUGAUGAUGAGACGAAUAACAGUAAUGGUAUGCGCUUUAAUUGGGCAAACUCGGAUGGCGAGUAUCUUCGAGACUACGGCGUUGACGAGGAGGCGGAAGAGGAGGAUGAAGAUGUUCCGCUUGCCGAGCUGCUACGGCGUAGAAAUGUUGGAACUAGGUCAUACAACGAUGCAUAA